CUCUCUCAACCUCUCUCUCUCAACCUCUCUCUCUCCCUAGGUUUAGGAUUAGGGUUAGGAAUUAUCCCCAAACUUUUUCUGAACCUUUCUCAUCUCUCACAUCUCGCGACAAGCGAUUUCGAUCCCUCCAUGGACCUAACCAAGAAGCGAAAGCUCGAAGAGAACGGUCUUGUACCAUUCUCGGACCCCGAUUCAGCAACCCAUCUCACACUCGACGAGGGCCGCAAGCUCAUUGAGCGAUUCACAUACGACCAACUGCUAAGCAUCCUCCAACAGGCCGUGGUGCGACAUCCUGUUGUCCUUGAUGCAGUUCGGUCGAUCGCCGAUCCCGAUAGUUCCCAGCGCAAGCUCUUUAUUCGUGGCCUUGGCUGGGAAACCACCAACGAUUCCCUUCGUAGCCUCUUCUCCGCCUAUGGAGAACUGGAGGAGGCCGUGGUUAUACUUGAUAAACAAACUGGCAAGUCAAAAGGGUAUGGCUUUGUGACAUUUAAGCAUGUAGAUGGGGCCGUUCUUGCCUUGAGAGAGCCUUCCAAGAAGAUUGAUGGUCGCGUGACGGUGACGCAGUUGGCUGCUGCUGGGAAUUCGGGGAAUAAUUCGAGUGCUGCGGAUAUUUCGAUGCGGAAAAUUUAUGUGGCUAAUGUGCCGUUUGAUAUGCCAUCUGAUAAGCUGUUGGCACUUUUUGCAUCGUUCGGGGAGAUUGAGGAGGGUCCCCUUGGUUUUGAUAAGCAGACUGGGAAAUCAAGGGGUUUUGCGCUAUUUGUUUACAAAACACCUGAAGGAGCACAGGCGGCCCUGGUUGAACCGACGAAGAAUAUUGAUGGCCGGCAGUUAAUUUGCAAGUUGGCUAUUGAUGGGAAGAAAGGGAAGUCAGGACCUGGACAGGUUGGUACUGAUGCUGGGCAGAAUUCUUCAGGGAAUUUACACGGAGAUGGGAUGGGGAUGGUGCCUCCUGGAGGUUCAAUGCAUGGAUCGUAUGGCGGGGCUGGUGGAGCAGGCGGGCCUGGAGGUAUGGGUCCUUAUGGUGGUUUCUCUGGAGGGCCUCCUUUAGGUCAUCAUCAUAUGAACCAGUCAAUGGGUGGGCCGGGUUUGCCAUCCCAGGCCACUUCUAACUUGGGUGCCGGUACUAGCGGGUAUGGUGCUGGAGGGCUAGGUGGGCCAUAUGGAGGGUACGGUGGGACUGGGUCGAGCGGAUACAGUGGGUUGGGCGGUGCUGGUGUUGGCGCGGGUGCUGGUAGUGGGUUGGGCGGUGUCUCAGCUGCAGGUUCUUCCUUGUAUCGGCUGCCGCCAAGCUCCGUAGGCAUUUCUUCUGGUGGGUAUCCAGAGAGUGCGCAUUACAGCUUGUCUUCUACCUCUGCCUUUCCAAGUCAGCAUCUCCCGGCAACAGGUACAUCUCCAGCGCCUAGGGUUCCAUCUGGAGGAAUGUACCCAAAUGUGCCCUCUUACUACUGAGAGCAGCGGACCACGAUACUGGAUAAUUUGAAACUAUGGUGAAAAUUUUCCCUUCGUUUCUGAGACUGGGCAGGUGGCCAGAUACAAAGUAUUUGGGGGCAAGUUUUCAAUAUCCGAGACUAAUACUUGCACCCAAGAGCUACAAUCCACCUGUUUAAGCAGGUUGGUGACUGUCCGGUGCAGUAUCAUACUGCUUGAUGGAGGGGUGAAAGGUGUGGACGCACGGGGGUUGUUGGGGGUGGUGGUGCUGGACAAGUGAUUGUUGUUACAAGUGACGGUUGGCAGAUUCAUUCCUUUGAUUGUUGCUCGCCAGAAAGCCUAUCAUUGUCUGCGGCUGUCUGAUCGCUGUACAUUGUUGCUGCAUCACUGGAAUUCGUCCCUUCGUUCUUUAAUGGAAGUAAUAAUUCUUUGCGUAUAGCUAGCUGUGUUUCCAUGGCUUGAAAAUCUGUUAAUUUGUUGAGGGAAGUUUAAUAAGCUGACACUUCUCCUCUUCGAAGCCUUGAUUAAGUAACAUUGUUAGGGGAAUUGGAAUUGAAUUAAGCAAGAAUGUUC